GGCGGUGCCCGAGUGAACGCCGCCCAUCGCGGUGUCUGCUAGGUCAGCUGCUUCCCGGUCGGUGUGGCGACCGUCCCGGUCAUGACUUCGGUUCUCCGCCUCGCCGGGCGCGGAUUACUGGGCCGCCGCAGGCCCGACGCCCGACUCCUUCGGCCUCCCGCCCUGCCCGCACUCCGGCGGCCCAGGAUGUACAGCCAGCCGCCGGCCGGGUUAAUCUUCCGCCAGUUGUUUGAGAAAAUUAGCUCCACCUACACCUACCUUCUGGCAGAUGCGCAGAGCAGGGACGCCAUCAUCAUCGACCCUGUUCUGGAGGAAGUCAGCAGGGACUCAAAGUUAAUUCAGGAGCUCGGCUUAAAGCUUCUUUAUGCAGUCAAUACGCACUGCCACGCGGACCAUGUGACCGGGAGCGGUCUCCUCAAAUCCAUCAUUCCGGGCUGUCGCAGUGUUAUUUCCAAGGACAGUGGGGCCGUAGCAGACAUCCACGUCAGCGAAGGAGACACCAUCAACUUCGGGAAGUUCCACCUGAAUGCUCGCUCAACCCCCGGACAUACCGAUGGGUGUCUCACCUUUGUCCUGAGCGAUGAGUCCAUGGCCUUCACCGGAGACGCCCUCCUCAUCCGAGGGUGUGGGCGGACAGAUUUCCAGCAAGGCUCUGCCAAGACUCUCUACCAAUCAGUGCAUGAGAAGAUCUUCACUCUUCCCCCACAGUGCCUGCUUUAUCCUGCACAUGAUUACACCGGACAGACAGUCACCACCGUGGAUGAGGAGCGGAGGUGGAACCCCAGGCUCACCAAGACGCAGCAGGAGUUCGUAACCAUCAUGGAGAACCUGAACCUGCCCAAACCAGCCCAGAUCGGUGAGUGAGACUCUGUCCUCGUGCUCACUCCCUC